UGUCACGCUUCGGCUUUGUUUGUUACUUGUAACAACACUCGAACACACCUUGUCUUUGCUUUUCUCUGUUUCUGUCCCUGUCUCUCUCUCUCUCUAAAACUUGUUUCUCACUCUACCUGACUGAAAUUCUCUGCUUUUAUCGUUUUCCCGCAGCAGAUCUCUGUCUUCGGCCGCCGGUAAUCCGAUCCGGGUGGAAGGUUCUGGAAGCAUCUCAUGUGAUGUGCCAACUUUGACUGAGCCCAAACCCGAGCCCAAGCCCUGAUCGCACCGAGCCUGUGCAGCCAUGGGCCAGUGCUACGGCAAAACCAAUCCCACUGCGGGGAACGAACAUGACCCCAACACCACCACCAUAAUUGCCGCCUCCGGUGACGGUUCUCGCUCCCCGAUGCCCUCCUCCGAUGGCGUCGCCAACGGCUUUCCGUCGGUGAAGAACACGCCGGCUCGGUCCUCCUCGCAUGCCAGCCCCUGGCCGAGCCCCUACCCUCAUGGAGUGAACCCGAGUCCGUCACCGGCGAGGGCCUCGACGCCGAGGAGGUUCUUUCGGCGACCUUUUCCACCGCCUUCGCCGGCAAAGCAUAUAAGAGCGUCUCUGGCGAAGAGGCUUGGGCAGGCGAAGCCCAAAGAGGGCCCAAUUCCGGAGGAGCGUGGGGCGGAGGCGGAACAGUCGCUGGAUAAGAGCUUUGGAUAUAGCAAGAACUUUGGAGCUAAGUAUGAGCUUGGGAAGGAAGUGGGGCGAGGGCAUUUUGGUCAUACUUGCUCCGCCAGGGGCAAGAAGGGUGAGCUCAAAGACCACCCUGUAGCUGUUAAAAUCAUUUCCAAGGCCAAGAUGACCACAGCAAUAGCAAUUGAAGAUGUUCGUAGAGAGGUGAAGCUGUUAAAGGCUCUGUCUGGCCAUAAGCAUCUGGUCAAAUUUCAUGAUGCUUGCGAGGAUGCCAACAAUGUGUACAUAGUUAUGGAAUUGUGUGAAGGUGGGGAGCUUCUUGACCGAAUUUUGUCAAGGGGAGGGAAGUAUACAGAGGAGGAUGCAAAAGUUAUAGUUUUGCAGAUUCUAAGUGUAGUUGCCUUUUGUCAUCUUCAAGGUGUUGUGCACCGUGACCUGAAGCCCGAGAAUUUUCUUUUUACUUCAAGAAGUGAAGAUGCUGAUAUGAAGCUUAUUGAUUUUGGUCUGUCUGACUUCAUCAGGCCAGAUGAACGGCUGAAUGAUAUUGUUGGAAGUGCAUAUUAUGUUGCACCUGAGGUCCUCCACAGGUCAUACAGUGUGGAAGCAGAUAUCUGGAGUAUUGGUGUUAUUACCUACAUAUUAUUGUGUGGAAGUCGGCCUUUUUGGGCACGAACAGAAUCUGGAAUUUUUCGUGCAGUGCUCAGAGCUGAUCCUAAUUUUGAUGAUUUACCUUGGCCAUCUGUAUCUGCAGAAGCCAAGGACUUUGUUAAAAGGCUCCUAAAUAAGGACUACAGGAAAAGAAUGACUGCUGCCCAAGCUCUAACUCACCCCUGGUUGAGGGAUGACAAUCGUCCUAUCCCUUUAGAUAUAUUAAUUUAUAAAUUGGUGAAGUCUUAUCUUCAUGCAACACCAUUCAAACGUGCAGCAGUAAAGGCACUUUCAAAAGCCUUGACAGAGGAUCAGUUGGUGUAUCUUCGAGCCCAGUUCAGAUUGUUGGAACCAAAUAGAGAUGGGCAUGUCUCCCUUGAUAAUUUCAAAAUGGCUCUUGUACGUCAUGCAACUGAUGCCAUGAGGGAGUCAAAGGUUCUUGAGAUCAUCCACGUGAUGGAACCACUUGCGUAUAGAAAGAUGGAUUUUGAAGAAUUUUGUGCUGCUGCAACUAGUACAUAUCAAUUGGAGGCACUUGAUAGGUGGGAAGAUAUUGCCAACACUGCUUUUGAGCAUUUUGAGAGAGAAGGCAACCGUGUGAUAUCAAUUGAAGAGUUAGCAAGGGAGUUGAAUCUUGGUCCUUCAGCUUAUUCACAUCUCAAAGAUUGGAUACGAAAUACUGACGGAAAGCUUAGUUUACUUGGAUAUACAAAAUUUUUGCAUGGCGUGACUAUCAGGACUUCAAUCCCAAGACCCCGUUAGUCUCAAGCCCUUUUGGCAUCUAAAGAUGGGAACAAAGUAAAGAAGAUUUAUAGGUUUUUAAGGAAUUUUUUCAUUUUUCUGUCCGGGUGAGGAAAAGAAGAAUGUGUAUAAAUGAAUUUGCUAGGGAAGCUAAUAUGGGGAAUAUUGAGUCAAUUAAGUUUAAAAUCCUUCCUCUUGCCCUAUUUUGCAGGUGACAUGUCCCUACGGGUUUGGGCCCAUGCUUAUUCAUUUGUUUGUGAAUGCCAAAUAGGACUUCAAAGUCAAAAUCAAAGUAAUUUGUGUCGAUAUGGUUUUUUACUGCCAUUAUCUGGCAAUUGAU